AUGCCCAAGGGUGGGUGCCCCAAAGUGCCACAGCAGGAAAGCCUUUCCCUCUACAGCGACAUGCUGGAGAAGUGGACUGGUAAAAAGGAUAAAGUUUCUCUAACCAAGACCCCAAAGCUGGAGAGUGGUGAUGGCAGGAAGGAGGUGAGGGAGCGAGCCAGCAAGCGGAACCUGCCCUUUACUGUGGGUGCCAAUGGGGAGCAGAAGGACUCAGACACAGGACCGCUGGGGUCCUGCUUGUCCUGGGGCAGCCACGAGGAGCCCUCGUCAGGAGCACCUUGGGCUGAAGCUGCCUGCCCCUCUACACGUGGAUGUUUCUUUGGAACAAGGGGAACAGUUAUGAUUUUCUUACUUUGCUUUGGCCUGUGA